CCUAAACCACCAAAACAUUAUCAGAGAGUUAGAGUAAUGGCUCCUAUCCAAGAGAGCAACGCCACCAAAUUUCAUUUCACACAUCCAAACCACCCUUUGAUUCACCUCUCCAAUGACCAAGAUUACUUCUGCGACGCCUGCAAAACGUUCGGAUCCGACAGUAGAUACCGAUGCCAUUGCUGCGAUUUCGACAUCCAUGAAUUCUGCGCCAAUUGCCCAGCAAAGUUGUCAUCUUUUGGCCUCCACCACCACCUUCUCGCUUUGGACUUCCAAAUCAGAACCCUCGUUGACCGAUACUGUGGCAUCUGCCACGAUCCCGUCCAUGGCCUCGUCUACCGCUGCAAAGACUGCGACUUCGACGCUCACCCACUUUGCACUCAACUUCCUCGAGAGCUUCGUCAUGUGAUCCACGAAAACCAUCCUUUGAACCUCCAAAAGCUUCGCUUUGGGUGCUGUGUUGUUUGUAGAAAGGAUUGUUCGUCUCUUUGGGUUUAUGGAUGUAAUGUUUGUGGACUCUAUAUUCAUCUUGAUUGCCUUUCAGAGCCCAACGAAUCCCUAGUUCCGCUGUCAAGUGCGACCACCUCACGGGGGAUUUCAUUUGCAUCGCCGCUGCCGUCGCCGCUGCCGUCGCCGCUGUCUCUAAUUCCUUAUGGUUUCACCCUGGCUUACACCAUUUAUCCCAGUUACCGUUUUGGAUACCAUCAUGAAUAUCUUUACAAUAAUAUUUAUGUGAAUAAUCAUGAUGAGGAAAGCUUUUACGGAUAUGCGGUGCCACAGACGCCGGCGCCGCCUCGAGGGAGAAAGCUUAGAAAGUCAAUAUUUUCUCUGGUGAGUAGAAGGGGUAUGGAUGUAGUGAGUAGUUCCAUUUUUGGAUAACGACGCCAGCUUCAAGUUUUUAGAUAUAUA